CACAAAUUGAAACCCGUCUCACGAUCAGGCCGCAAGACUGCUAAACGGAAAUCCACAGCUGCCCCGGCUUCGAGAAUCUCCUCACCGCACACCAACUCCAUAGACACCGCCAUCCAUAUCCCUGACUCUCCUGACCAAGUGAUGGUCUCAAAACUACCCGUCUCGAAAAGGCGCAAGCUGGAAGCCAUGAACGACGAAGACUCGGCGAUCGUCCUCGACACAUCAUUCGACGAUGACGAUGGGAUUGAGAUCCUACAAAAAGCCUCGCGCUCCGUCUCACCGAACAAGGAGACCCGUAAAGCAACUUCAGUGUUCGCAGCCGGCCAAGGAAGACAUGUUCACCCGUUCUUUGGGCCUAAAUCCAAAUCCCGCGGGACCUCGGCUACGCGAACGGAACCGAGAGCUGAAUCGAUUAUCGAUCAGGUGGACGAUAAUCCGGAUGCACAACAGUCCCACGUCAUCCACACCAUCCCUGAAACCCCAAAGCCUGUCCGCAAGGAAGCCAAUCAUCCCGAUAGGGCCACUCACGUCUUCUUCAAAUCUAAGGGGAAGGCAUCAGAUGCAGGUGAAGCGGUGCUGGAAAUGGGUCGUAAGGCUGUCCUUGGGGAACCCGUCGCCCCUCCUUUGGUAGGGAAGUCCGGAUGGGGGAAAGGUGACGUCGAAUCGCGCUUGUGCGCAGCGAGAUUUCCGACUCAAGAGGAACAGGCUUGUCAUAUGAAGCCAGUGAGAGAAGGAGAUUCGGGAAUGAGCGUUCGAAGGGGAGGGCUCGAUAUGCCGAGAAGGGAGAGGAAACGCUCUCAGACCGAGAAAUCAGCCGAUUCUAGCUUUUGGCAAAGGCUUUAUCCCAAGGACGAGCACACGAUUUCGCGGAAUUCAGCUCCUGAGUCGACCGCUUUUGACGGAGUCGUUGCUAAUGAUCAGGCAUACAAGGAAAACGCGGCCGUCCAAGCUCUUUCUACCAAACAAGAGCAAGCCGCCCCUUAUAGCACUCGCCUUUGGACCGAUAAAUACAGACCGACCGAUUCUUCUCAGGUCCUCGGGAACGAGAUUCCCUCUGACUAUCUAGCCCGGUGGAUGAAGGAGCUUGCUCUAGGUAAAGAGGCAAAGAACGUUCCUGGUGGAAGCGAAAAGCCCAGCGCCGAUGUGACUCCCAAAAAGAGGAAGAUCAUGAGGAAAGUGAAAAAAACACGGAAGAAGAAAGAAAAAGAGGAUGAUUGGAUCGUCGAUGAUACGCUCGACCCGAUUGAUGACUACCUCAGUGCGGAUGGGACGGAUACUACCGGAAGCGUGACGGAAGACGAGAACGGGAACGCCAUUGACAUAUCGCUCGGACCUCCGAUAUACCCUACGUUCAGCUCGCGACUUGCCAACUCGAUCUUGCUGCAAGGUCCACACGGCUGCGGCAAGACAGCGGCGGUUUAUGCGGCGGCUGCAGAGCUAGGCUGGGAGGUAUUUGAAGUGAAUGCAGGUGCUAAGAGGAGCGGGGCGCAACUCAGUGCCUUGGUAGGCGAAGUUGGGCGGAACCACAUGGUAGGGCGUUCUGCACAUGCUGCUCAAGACGUCUUGCCUGCCAAGACGGUAAAGCCGGCUGAAAGUGCUAAGGAACCAAGGCGGAACGCGCUCUUCCAGGCCUUUGCCAAAGCGAACGGAAAACAAUCGUCGAGCUCCUCUUCGAAAUCUGCGUUGUCCGUCAGCACUGCAGGUCAAUCGGAUGAUACACAAUCGAAUCCCUUCAUUACGCCAUCAACCCAUGAUCCCGUCGUUGACGAGAACGGCAUAAAUCCCGCCGAGACGGCGAAUUUCGGAUUUAUUGAUGGGAAGGGUGACGGCGGCGCUGAAGGGAGAAGUAUCAGACAAUCUUUGAUACUAUUUGAGGAAGUAGACAUUCUUUACGAGGAGGAUCAAGGGUUUUGGCCGCAAGUGGUGGAGCUGAUCGCGGGCUCGAAAAGACCAGUCGUGAUGACUUGUAACGAUCUCGGUCUGAUACCGUUCGAGAAACUGCCACUACAAUGCACGCUCCUGUUUUCGCCACCUGACGCACCCUUACUUCAAAGCUACCUCUCAGAGAUCAAUCGGAUGGAACAAGGUGGCUCUCUGCCGGAGACCUAUCUGUCCAAUCUCCUGAAAGCGGCUGCUUACAAUCACCCGACCGACACUGUCCUGCAGCAACCGUUGGCACCCGUCACGCUGCGUCAGGUGAAGGGGAUUGAUCUGCGCAGGAGCAUCAUGCAACUACAGCUCGACUCCAGGUGCUCGGCUUUGCGGUCAAAAGCAAGAGCCGGUACCGGACCACAACAAGCGCACUCGACCGGCGUCGCAUCAAAAAGCCCGACUUGGAAGGAGACAAGAUUGCAGACGGAGGCAAGAUCGAAGGUGGACGCGUAUCUUAGCAUGAGUCCCAGUAUGAUUUUGGACAAUAUCGAGAUCGAUCGAUACAGACCUUCUGCGGACGAUGAAGAAGGGAUGCAUCUGGUACAGAAACCGUUCCUCUCUCCGGACCUCCCCAUCCUGCCCGCCUUUUCGAGGUCGGACGAGCUGGCGCAGACGAUAUGGGUCAUGUCGGGUAAUCCCGGAGACAUGCAGAUCGAGGCGGAGGAUCUGAUUUCGCGCUUGGCGAGGGACCGAGAGGACUACCAACUCGCAACUCUCCCCUUCCUGGAUCCUGUCAUCCCCCUCGAAUCCUAUCUCUUACCCUCUCCAGUCCUCUUCACGACUUACAUUCCAGCCAUAUCCAGCAUGGUCGCGAUCGAUGAUACGCUUGAGCAAGAGGAUGCCAUCGACGCCGCUCAAGGGAGACCUCGGAAGAAUCGAAAGACGGGCAGGAUGAUGAGAUUGACCACCAACGCUAUCAGCACGCCAAACUACGUGAGGCAGAUGGUAUCGAGCGACGAUAUCGGAAUAAAGGGAUUGCAGGCGGUGAGGGAUUGCAGGCUCAACUUUGCCAUCUUUGGCGAGGGCAACGACGCAAGGAUUAGUCAUGCGCAACCGGUGGAAGGUGACAUUCAGGUCGUCGAGUAAUCGGCCUGCGAGAUCGCUGUUGAAGGAUGUAUAGCAUUCAUAGAGGGUCGCACGCUGUUACGAGGUAUGAGGUAUUACGCCUGUCCUCUACCACAAACAUGUCGUUUUCAUGACCCAGAAUGACUUGGAACGGUCUGGCCUCUAUCAAGUUUGUCCCCGCGCCCUCUCGCCGGCCGAAGCGGAUCGGUCCGCUUGGCAAUCAAGAUCGCCCAUGUAGCGACU